AUUAACGGUGGUUCAAUAAUUAAUCGUCUUAAUUUUAAUUAAUUAAUCAGCCGUAAAUUCCUUCAAUUUGUCAAACAGAAGAAAGACUGAGAGAAAUGGAACUGUCAAUGAAGAGCCAAUUCUUUGCCGAGGUUAAAAUGGGGGGCCGACGCCUCCGUUCCGACCAUACGCGCCACCGUGAUUCAGGCAGCGACCGUCGUCUACGAUUCACCCGCCACUCUAGACAAGUUUACCGAAUUUAAUGGAAAAUAACGCACUUGAAUUUGGUGAUGCGGGGGGCUCGUCUUCAGCUCCAAGUGAGGUGGUUAAGACUAUAGUAUUGGUUGGAAGAAGGGGUAACGGGAAAAGUGCAACCGGGAAUAGUAUACUUGGAAGAAGGGCGUUUAAGUCAAUGUUGAGAACUAAUGGUGUUACCAAAACUUGUGAGAUGCACACAACUUUACUUGAAGAUGGGCUGAAUCUUGCUGUGAUUGAUACUCCAGGAUUAAUGUUUGAUUGUUCCGCUGAAUCAAAAUAUGUUGGGAAGGAAAUUGCUAAAUGCAUCAAUUUGGCUAAGGGUGGUAUACAUGCUAUUCUUCUUGUUGUGUCAAUUAAGACGGAUUGUUCACGAGAAGAAGUAGCUGGUGUGUUUAUGUUGCAGGCAUUUUUUGGAGCCAAAAUUAUUGACCAUAUGAUUGUCGUUUUCGUCGGUGGUGAUGAGCUUGAAGAAUAUGAUAAACCUCUCGAUGAUUACUUGAGUCGUGAUUGCGACCAUCACUUGAAGGAAACCCUGAGAAUGUGUGGGAAUCGGUGUGUUCUCUUUAAUAACAAAACAAAAGAUGAAGUCCAAAAACCUGAACAAUUGAAGCAACUUCUUGCCUUAAUAAAUGAGAUUGUAGAUAAAAAUGGUGGAAACCCGCUCAUGCAUAAGCAAAUUGUUGAAUUGACGACAGGAGCGAAAAGCGAAUUCUUUUACGAUGCUCCAGUUGCUAAAGUUAAUUUCGAAGAGGAGAAAUUUAAAUUGGAGGAGGAUUCACAUAAGUCGUUGAAGGAGGAGUUGCAGAAGUCAUUGAAAGAGGAGUUACAGAAAUCGUACGAAGAGCAGCUUAAGAAAAUAACUGAGACGGUUGAUUUAAAGCUAAAGGAGAGCUCUAAUAAACUUGCACAACAAAUAGCAGAGUUAAAGCUUAAAGAGAGCUCUGAUAAGCUUGCACAACAAAUAGCAGAGUUAAGACUUAGGGAGAGUUCUGAUAAGCUUGCCCAGAAAACAGCAGAAUUAAGGUUUAAAGAGAGCGUUGAUAAGCUUACACAAGAAAUAGCAGAGUUAAAGCUUGCACAACAAACAAUAGAGUUAAGGUCUAAAAAGAGAUGUGAUAAGCUUGUACAACAAAUAGCAGAGUUAAAACUUAUGCAGAGUUCUGAUAAGCGUGCACAAGAAAUAUCAGAGUUAAAGCUAAAAGAGAGCUCUGAUAAGCUUGUACAACAAAUAGUAGAGUUAAAGCUUAAGCAGAGCUCUGAUAAGCUUGCUCAACAGUUAAGGUCUAAAGAGAGCUCUGAUAAGCUUGUACAAAUAGCAGAGUUAAAGCUUAAGCAUAGCUCUGAUAAGCGUGCACAAGAAAUAUUAGAGUUAUAGUUAAAAGAGAGCUCUGAUAAGCUUGUACAACAAAUAGCAGAGUCAAAGCAUAAGCAGAGCUCUGAUAAGCUUGCACAACAAACAAUGGAGUUAAGGUGUAAAGAGAGCUCUGAUAAGUUUGUACAACAAAUAGAGCUUGAGCGGGGCUCUGAUAAGCGUGCACAACAAAAAGCAGAGCAGGAAAACAUUCGACUCAAGCCAGAAACUGGGGCUCUCUCUGCUCAAUUGGAAUUCAGUGAUGAUAUAAAAAGGCUGGGAUGGGAGUUAUUAGUGGCUGCUCGUAUAAGGAAGACUGAGAAUCAGAGACAGCAGCAACCUCAAAUAGAAGUUGAGCCGCCAAAGAUAAAGGAUGAGCUUGAACAAAAAAUAUCAGAGCGGGAGAAGUUCAUAAAGGAAUUUUACGGGAUUAGUGGUCCGAACUCAAGACCUCAAGUAUACUAAUUUGCGUCAAUUUAAAAAAUGUUUUGUCACAUUUUCUGUUUGAUACUUUCUUUAAGCGAGUCCUGCAUGCUGGGGUUGAAUUGUAAGGUAAUAGAGUUCAUUUAUGUUUGAUACUUUCGUUAAGCAAGUGUGUAUAUGUAUUGUGCUGACGAAUGUGUGGCUAUAGUAGUGGAUGAAUAAACCGUUGUUAUUUGCACUUUUACCGGGGUUUUUUUUUUUUUUUUUGGUUUGGCCAUUUUCGACUUAUGAGUAGUUGUCUAAUGUAUAUAUCGAAAUUGAUACUUCUUGGUAUAAAUUCAAUAUUUUGUUAAA